CUGAGGAACGUGCAUCCCGCCGUGGGGACAGCCAAGCCAUGGCAGCCCUGCUGAGACCCGCUCGCUGGCUUCUCCGCGCCGGCAGGGCCGCGCGCCUCCCGCUCUCCCUGCGUCUCCUAGCGGGCUGCUCGGGCCUGCCGCACGCCGUCCCCUGUCUGCCCGCCGCUCGCUCUGGGCCGAUCGCAGGGGGUCUACUGAGCCAAGCCAGGCUGUAUGCCAUUGCUGCUGAAAAAAAGAAUGUUCUUCAAGAGGAGCCCACUUUGUCUUCCAAAAGGAAUGCCAGUCGGUUUGAUUGGGCACUCAUGAGACUAGAUAAUUCUGUAAGAAGAACUGGCCGCAUUCCAAAGAUGCUUCUACAGAGAGUCUUUGAUAGCACAUGCCACUCAGGUAGCCCAGGGAGUAAUCAAGCCUUGCUUCUGCUGCGCAGCUGUGGUUCUCUCUUGCCUGAACUAACUCUCGCAGAGAGAACAGAAUUUGCUCAUAGGAUAUGGGGAAAGCUUCAGAAAUUGGGUACUGUGUAUGAUGUGAGUCACUACAAUGCUUUACUUAAAGUCUAUCUUCAAAAUGAAUAUAAAUUCUCACCAACUGAUUUCCUGUCAAAAAUGGAGGAAGCAAAUAUUCAACCAAAUCGAGUAACAUACCAGAGGUUGAUUGCUGCUUAUUGUAAUGUUGGAGAUAUUGAAGGUGCCAGCAAGAUUCUUGGAUUUAUGAAAACUAAGGAUCUUCCUGUUACAGAAGCUGUGUUCAGUGCUCUUGUUACAGGACAUGCAAGAGCUGGAGAUAUGGAGAAUGCAGAAAAUAUUCUCACAGUGAUGAAAGAGGCCGGCAUUGAGCCUGGCCCAGACACAUACCUAGCAUUAUUGAAUGCAUACGCCGAGAAGGGUGACAUUGACCGUGUUAAGCAGACCCUGGAGAAGGUGGAAAAAUCUGAUCUUUACCUGAUGGACCGUGACUUACUGCAGAUUAUCUUUAGCUUCAGUAAAGCUGGAUAUCCUCAGUAUGUCUCAGAAAUUUUGGAAAAGAUUACAUAUGAAAGAAGAUAUAUUCCAGAUGCAAUGAACCUCAUUUUGCUUUUAGUCACUGAAAAAUUGGAAGAUACUGCAUUGCAAAUUUUAUUAGCAUGUCCUAUAUCAAAGGAAGACAACCUGACUGACUUUGGCAGUUUCUUCUUAAAACACUGUGUGACUGUGGAUACGCCUGUGGACAAGCUGAUAGACUACUGCAAGAAGCUAAAGGAAGCACAGAUGCACUCAUCUCCUUUGCAGUUCACGCUCCAUUGUGCUUUAGUAGCCAACAAAACUGAUUUGGCAAAAGCUCUAAUGAAGGCUUUGAAGGAAGAAGGUUUUCCUGUGCGAACUCACUAUUUCUGGCCAUUGCUAGUUGGAAAUCAGAAGAAGAAAAAUGUUCAAGGUAUAAUUGAAGUCCUCAAAGGAAUGCAUGAAAUGGGAGUAGUUCCUGAUCAGGAGACUUACGUCAAUUAUGUGUUCCCAUCCUUUGAUAAUGUACAGUCAGUACGUACUGUUUUGCAGGAAAAUGGAUGUCUACCUGAAAGUGAUACGUUUUCUCAAGCUGAAGUGAGACAUGAAGCACUAAAUGGGAACCUAGCCUUUAUUUUGUCAUUUUUGGAGUCAAAUACAACGCCUUUCCCAUUUAAUUCCUUGAGGGGCAGCCUGAUUCUUGGCUUUAGGAGGUCUAUGGAUGUAAAUCUUUGGAGCAAGAUAACAGAAUUGUUGUACAAGGAUGGACGGUAUUGCCAGGAGCCUCCAGGACCCACGGAAGCUGUUGGCUAUUUUCUUUAUAACUUGAUUGACAGCAUGAGUGACUCAGAGGUACAGGCCAAGGAGGAGCGUUUGAGACAAUACUUCCAUCAGCUGAAGGAGAUGAAUGUUAAAAUUCCUGAAAAUAUAUACAGAGGCAUCCGUAAUCUCCUGGAUAGCUACCAUGUUCCUGAAUUGAUUAAGGAUGUUAAUAUGUUGGUUGAAAGAGAGAAGAUAGACUCUCAAAAAACUUUCCAGCCUGCAUCAUCUGAUUUAGAGUCUACACUUGAAAAACUGAAAGCCAAAAAUCAACCUAUAGGAGAUGUCCUAAAGCAGCUCAUAUUAAUUCUUUGUUCAGAAGAGAAUAUGCAAAAAGCUCUUGAAUUGAAAGCAAAAUAUGAAUCAGACAUGGUUCUUGGUGGCUAUGCAGCUUUAAUAAAUUUGUGCUGUCGACAUGAUAAUGCAGAGGAUGCAUUGAACUUGAAACGGGAAUUUGACCGUUUAGAUUCAUCUGCCGUCCUUGAUACCAACAAGUACGUAGGCCUUGUAAAAGUAUUGGGAAAACAUGGCAAGCUCCAAGAUGCUAUUAACAUUCUAAAGGAGAUGAAAGAGAAGGAUGUUCUUAUCAAAGAUGCAACAGUCUUGUCCUUUUUCCACAUCCUAAAUGGCGCAGCUCUAAGAGGUGAAAUUGAAACAGUAAAACAGUUGCAUGAAGCCAUCGUGACUCUAGGGUUAGCAAAACCAUCCACCAACAUCAGUUCCCCAUUGGUCACUGUAUACCUGGAAAAGGACAACUUGACUGCUGCUCUUGAAGUCGCCAUUGACUGUUAUAGAAAAUAUAAAAUACUGCCAAGGAUUCAUGAUAUCUUAUGUAAACUGAUAGAGAAAGGCGAGACUGAUCUAAUUCAGAAAGCAAUGGACUUUGUGAGCCAAGAACAAGGUGAAAUGACAAUGCUCUAUGAUCUCUUCUUUGCCUUCUUACAAACAGGAAAUUACAAAGAGGCCAAGAAGAUCAUUGAGACACCUGGUAUUAGAGCACGACCCACAAGACUUCAGUGGUUUUGUGAGAGAUGUAUUUCAAGUAAUCAGGUUGAAACUCUGGAAAAAUUAGUGGAGCUGACACAGAAGCUGUUUGAAUGUGACAGAGACCAGAUGUACUACAGUCUGCUGAAACUCUACAAAAUAAAUGGUAACUGGCAAAAAGCUGACGCUGUCUGGAAUAAAAUGCAAGAAGAAAAUGUUAUUCCUCGUGAGAAGACAUUACGAUUAUUAGCAGAUAUCCUUAGAAACAGUAAUCAGGAAGUUCCAUUUGAUGUUCCGGAGUUGUGGUACGAAGAUGAAGCAGGUUCCCUGAGUUCCUCAUCGCCCUCACCUUUGGAAACUGAUAUCCAGAAAGAUGUGGUGAAAGCCUGCCAAAUGAAGAAGAACAAAGAUGCAUAUAAUAAAUUCCUGAAAGCGGAAAGGCAAAACAUUGUGUUUAACAGUGAAACUUACAACAGUCUUAUAAAAUUACUGUUGUCAAAGGACGGUUUUAUACAAGCAAUGCAAGUGAAAGAUUUCGCUGAGACCCACAUCAAGGGCUUCACACUGAACGAUGCUGCCAACAGCCUCCUCAUCAUAACGCAAGUUAGGCGGGAUUAUUUGAAAGAGGCUCUGAAGACGCUAAAAGCUGCCUUGGACCUGGGGCAGAUGCCCUCUAGGUUAGCAGUGACCCGCCUCAUCCAGGCAUUUGCCCUGAAGGGUGAUGUACAAAGCGUAGAAGCAAUUCAGAAGAUGGUGCAUGGACUUGAAUCAAUUGGACUUUCGCGGAUGGUUUUCAUCAAUAACAUUGCUUUGGCACAAAUAAAGAACAAUAACGUAGAUGUUGUCGUUGAAAACAUUGAAAAUAUGCUUACUUCAGAGACUCCGACCGUGGAGCCCCAGUUCUUUGGCUUGGCCUACUUAUUCAGAAAAGUAAUAGAGGAGCGAUUGGAUCCAGCAGCGGAAAAGUUAAGCAUCAUGGCAGAGAGACUGGCCAAUCAGUUUGCAGUUUACAAACCUGUCACCGAUUUCUUCCUUCAGCUUGUGGAUGCAGGCAAGACAGAUGAUGCCAGAGCCCUCCUACAGAGAUGUGGCGCAAUUGCCGAACAAAUCCCAAUUUUGUUGGUGUUCUGUAUUAGGAGCGCUCAGAAACCGGGAAAGGCACCAACUCUGAAAUCUUUGUUAGAAUUGAUUCCUGAAUUAACUGAAAAGGAAGAAGCAUACGCUUCUGCCAUGAAAAGCUACGUCCUGGACAAAGACGUCGCGUCUGCUAAAGCACUGUAUGAACAUUUGACGGCAAAGAAGACAAAACUGAACGAUCUGUUUCUGAAGCGCUACGCGGUGUUGCUGAAGGGCGCUGGAGAGCCAGUCCCUUUCACGGAGCCCCCUGAAAGCUUUGAAUUCUAUGCAAAGCAGCUAAAGGAAUCAACAGAGAAGCUCUCGUGAGAUUAAGGAGGCACUUUGCUGCAUGUAUGUUCAUGAUUCUGGACUAAAUGUUAUUUGUAAAAUGUACUAGAAAAAAUAAAGUGAAAAAUUACUUUUUUACAUACUUUCAUGUGUAAAAUGUGAACAUUCAGCAUCUUAUUGCUGAUUUUGUGUCCACUGAGUCAUAAUACGUCUGUGUUGUUUCUUUACGGCUCCUCUGUAUGAAGCCGUAACUCUUCAGGGUUCUUCCGGCUGAUGCCAUCAGUUUUCCUGCUCUGUUUCAUUUGUUAUUUUCAUUAAAAUCUUAUUCCUUUCAAACUUGCUUGUUUGUAUUGUUUAUCUGAAAAAUUUUGGAGCUAGAGAAACAAUACUUAGCUUCCCACUGUUUAAUAUUCUAUAACUCUGCUGUGUGUGUGAAGUCCUGGAUAACUUUCCAGUUCUGUAAAUCACCAAAUCUAGCAUUUGUGGUUUUCCAGCGAGCAGCAGAGUCCAGUCACUGUCGCCAUCACCUGCCCUCGGCCAGGUGCUGUUGGCCAGCUCCCGAUGCACACGUUCAGCACAUGGUCGUUCUUUCCCUUUUUCCAGGGGCACCCAUGAAGUCUGAGUCUUGGUCAUGUCCUCCCAUUUUUUAAAAACCUUUAUUUCUUUAUCAGAAAGGCAGAGAGAGAGAUCCACUGCUUCACUCCCCAAAUGGCCGCAACAGCCCAGGCUGGGCCAGGCCAAAGCUAGAAGCCGGGAACUCCAUCCUGUUCUUCCACAUGGGUGGCAGAGACCCAAGCACUUGAGCCACCUUCCACUGCCUUUCCAGAUGCCAUUAGCAGGGAGCUGGAUCAGAAGCAGAGUAACUGAGACUCAGACUAGGACUCCGACAUGGGAUGCUGCUGUCACAGGUGGCAGCUUUACUGGCUGUACCGCGGCACCAACCCAGGUCCUCUCAUUUGCUUCCAGGACUCUGUUAGCACAAAGCACACCUACCCCAGGCUUGCAACAUUACGCUUGUAUCCUGUAAAUAUGUGAUUCCAUGUAUGAAGGGGUGAGCUACUGGUUUGUGUUCACUUUUAUAGGUUAAAAGUUACCCUCAUGCUGGCUCUUGUGCCUUUUAAUAUCUAUAGCAUAAGUACAUUAAUAAGGUUUAGGAUGGGAAAUCAAGACAGUUUAUAAAGGUGGGGUAGGUAAUUAAUUUUGAAAAAUAUUGAAGAUAUUUUAUUUGAGGAUUACCCUCCACUGUGGGUGUUCCUUGUCAAUUUGAAUUUGGUGACCAGCUUCUGUGGUUCAGUGUGGACUUGGUUCCUAAGUUAAGGGAAGACUUUGCCUUGGGCAAGUAGGUGGACCUUUUCCUCUGUGCUUUUGACCUUGUGUUAAGGACCAGCCCUCCUCCAUCCGGUGCCUGCCUCAGAGAGGGAGAAGGGAGGCUCGAUGGCGGAAGACAAGUGCAUGUCGUCAUGGCACUAGCCUUGCCUUUACUUCCACUGUUUCAGAGUUCGACCUGAGGAGGCAGGUGCCUUGGCCAAUGCUGUGUCUUAGGAGACAUAACCCAGGCCCAGCACCUGUACAGGUUUCACUACUGAUUCACUGGGAGCCUCCCUCCUGUUCACCUGUCACUCGUGAUUGCACUGAAGCCAGCCUUAUUUUUUGCGGUCAUGCUAACCACAAAUUAGUUGAGCUAAGUUUUAUUGAUGUUCGUUAAAAUCAACCCUUGAAGUGAGGCAUACAUAACCUUGGGGCAUAACCUGAAUUUGCCAGUCAAUUUAGGGAAAGCAGAAAGUAAAAAAUCUGAUUUGCAUGAAGUGACUGCUUGCUUAUGACUCUGAAAAAGGUGAAUGCAGUAAAGAAGAGAUUGUUCAAAACCCCCAUCUAGCAUUCUGAACAGCAGAUGGGGCACGAAGCAAAUUGUUUACAAGGGACUGACUGGUCAAAUAUCCUUAGCACUGUAUGGGUUCCCCUUUUGAAUGUAAAUGUGUAAAGUGAAACUGUAUGUUCUAAGUGAGUUUAAAUGCUUUCUAAAUAGGUAAUAGCUAAACUGAAAACAUUAGCAAUAUAAAUAAAAUAAUACAGCUCAAUUUACUAGACUUAAAUUAUAAGCAUAAAACUAAUUCUUCAAAGUAAAACUGUCACUGUAAACUUCUGGAAGGUAUAGUAUUUUAUAUGUAAUUGUAUGUUAAUGCACUUGAACCUAAUACAAAU